AUGACGAUUGAGACUAUUUAUAUUGCAAGACACGGUUAUAGAUCCAAUUGGUUACCACCACCACAUCCACCAAAUCCAACUGGCAUUGAUAGUGACCCGGCUUUAGCACCACAUGGUGUUGAACAAGCCAAACAGUUAGCUGCGUAUCUUACAUCAUUACCCACACAAGAAAAGCCCGAAUUUAUUAUUGCCUCACCUUUUUAUCGUUGUAUAGAAACAUCAAGACCUAUUGCAGAAAUGUUGGACUUGAAAAUUGCCUUAGAGAGAGGAGUUGGUGAAUGGUUUCGCAAGAAUAGAGAUACCAAACCAAUUCCUGGUGAUUACGCUCAGUUGAGAACAUUUUUCGACAAAUUAUUAAUUGAUGAAGAUACUUGGCCUAGAGAUAAUUUAAAUGUUAUACCUAAUGUUGAAGGAGAAGAUUAUGAUGAGAUCUAUGAUCGUGCUAAAUUGUUUUGGAAAAAGUUUAUCCCUGAAUUUGAAAGAAAAUUCCCUGAAAUAAAAAAUGUAUUGGUUGUUACACAUGCAGCAACUAAAAUUGCUUUAGGAUCAGCUUUAUUACAGUUAAAAUCAGUUACUGAUGUUAUAGAUGAUAAUCAAACUGUGUUACGUGCUGGUGCAUGUUCAUUAUCUAAAUUCGUUAGAGAUGGAGAAAAUAAAACCAAUCAUUCUAUUCAAUGGAAAAUUGUCAUGAAUGGUAAUUGUGAAUUCUUGACAAAGGGAGAAGAAAUGAAUUGGGAUUUCCGUCGUGGUGUUGAAGCCGGGUCAGCUGAAGAUAUAGCACAAAGAAAGGCUGCAGAAGAAGCAUUAAAGAAAAAUGAACAAACCAAAUCGGAUGGUCCGAUCACUGAAUCUGCUACUGGAGCAGCAGAAGUAGAUGGGAAUGAAGAUGAAUUUGAAACAUUUUAUGUAACUAUUGAUAUACCUUCCAUUUCGAAUAAAAUCGACAAUGAAGAGGAAGUACCAUCAAGGACAGGUCAAGCUCCUAAGUUCAAAAACAACAUUAUCAAACCAUCAGCACAACUCCAAUUCACUGAUUUAAAAGACGAUCACCCGUUAAUAAAAAUUUCAAAUAAUACUACAUCUGCUCAAAGCUCGUCAUCGAAAAAUGGAUUUAAUAAUAUUAGUCAUUCUUCAGGAGUGAUUGAUCCAUCAGCACUUAUAGAUGGGAAAAUAUUUCAAACUGAUUGGAAUCAAUUACAAGGUACAGAACUAAUAUUUGAUGAAAAUGGACAAUUUAUUGGCAAGGUUAAAGAACAUUUAACUUGCAACAAUAACACCAAAUUCACACUAAAGAAAGCAGAAGAAGUGGAACAACUUCGUACAGUUGAUGAUUCUAGCAUGGAUAUAGAUCAAGAAUCACAAGGACAACCAAAUAGAAGUCAGUUUUUAAAAAGAGCAAUUAUAGCUGCAAGAGCCAAGGGCAAAUAA